AUGGAAAAACACCAAAAUGUCGUCGAACCAACAUUCAGUCGCAGUCAUCUAUGGAAACCCGUACUUGGCGAUGUAGCUGCAGCAGCUAUAUCAGCAACCCUGAUCACACCAGUCAUUACAGUCAUCGAUCAGUCAAUGGUUGAAAAGGUCUCCUUCAACAGACCACUAUCGCAGGGAAUGAAGCUUAACAGUCUGGAUGCUUUCAAGCACCCAGGCCGCUUCAUCUUUGGUCGCCCUUUCGGCUACGUCUGGGUCCUUUACGCAGCUACAUACGCUGUAUCAAACUCUUCCGACACACUAGCUCAUGAAUUUCACAAAGCAGCGGUAGGAACAAUCACUUUUGUCAACACCAUGAUCAUCAAUGUUCCUCUUGGUGUUCUCAAGGAUAUUCGCUUCGCUCAAAUGUUCAGCGCUUCUCCUACUCUUACUCCAAAGGUUGCACCUGUUGCAAAGCCCGGUGUGCCGAGGGCCGCCGCAGCUACCUUUCUCAUGAGAGAUGCCAUCACAAUCUUUGGCUCUUUCACAAUGGCUCCGUGGCUCUCUUCACUGAUACCAGACAGCCUGUCCUCCAGUCCCCACUCAAAGGCUGUCAUCUCGCAGUUGACAGUGCCCAUAUUUUCACAGUUCUUUGCUACCCCGGUUCACUUGCUUGGCUUGGAUCUUUACUCCAGGCCGCGAGGUAUACCAUGGAUUGAGCGCUCGGCGCAGAUCCGACGGGACUUAUUCUCGGCAACCAUUUUGCGAUCACUCAGGAUCAUACCCGCGUUCGGGGUUGGGUGUGUAGCUAAUAUGGAGGCUCGGACAAGGUUCCAUAAGCUUUUCCGAGCGUCCUAA